GAGAUAAGAGCUCCUUUGGUCUGAUCGUUGCUAUAAACGCCUGGAAGAGUGAAAGUGUCCCACUGCAUUGGCUUGGCGGAGAAGACAACCAGAGCUGAAGACCUGCCGUCCUCCAUCACCGGAGGCAGAGAUCUCCUAUCUGCAUCUCGCUUCUCCUUCCAAGAUCUUUUGCACUGCAACUUCCGAAGUUCUCUGUCUCCCCCGCUCCACCACCAAGGAAACUGUAAGAAGCAAAGGAGAAUCCCCAAAGCUAUAUCUGAGGAUGCGAUAUUUUUGAACUUGUGACGACAGGUCCAUUGUGAAACAUGUCAGACACGGUCCCCAGUGACCAGAGAGGCCUUGUGGAUAACGUGUCCAGCUCCCAACAGACUUUAAUAAACGGGAAACGUGACAGUUUUCGGAGCCUUCUAGACCGACUGUCUGCAACCAGGAGCGUCUGGGAGCUUCUAGAUGUCCACCCACAGCAAGCCACAGAACUGCUCACAGGACGCCCGGCUGGGACGUUCAUUGUCACCAGAAAUGUAGUUGGAGAUGCCAGAGUUAUCUCGAUUCGGACACAAGAAGAGGCGACGGAUGCUAUCCGCUGUUUCUCCAUUCUAGAAGAGAACUCAGCCGUACAUCUGGAGGGUUCCCAUCUACGCUUUCGAGACCUGCUGGAGCUGGUCAGCUUUCAUACGGUGAGCAGGGAUAUUCUGCCAGAUCGGCUGCGGAUCCCGGAUGCCUUUCAGCUCUCCUGCAAGCCUGAAUUAGAUGCCCUCGCUGCGCUGGGCACAAAGUUCUGGACAAUGCCCCUUAAACUUGGCACUGGGCUUGCAUCAGCAGUAGAAGGUUCCCUGGGGUCAAGUGGAGAGCCCCGUGAACCCAGACAGCCAGUUGGCUCCAUCCAGGCGACCUCUGAGCACGGGGCGCUAUGCAUCGUCAACCCCCUCUUCCUCUCUGUGCAUGGUGAAGCUUGCUGGCUGAAUUCUGUGCCAAGCCUUUGCCGUGCCAACAGCGCAAGGGGGACCCUGCGACUCCGGAAUGGACAGGGUAGCUCUGAGGACUCUGGUUCAGCAGCUGUACCCCGCAGGCAGGAAUCUGGAGAGAGUUUGGAUCAGCUGGAGACCUCGGAGGAGGAAGGAGUGAUGGAGAAAGGUGGCUCUGUACCCCACUCAUCCUCCGUGCGGCGGAAGUUUCUCCUACGCAGUUUGGCCUGCACCAACUCUGGAAAUGUCUCGGAAGAGCUGCCUCCGUCUCCUGAUCCCCCGCAGAAAGAGGGCAGGUCUCCACACCGUGUUUCCUGGAUUGAAGCUGCUCCGGCGACUGCAUCUCCUCGCUGGCCUCUGGCAGAGUCUGGUUCUAGAUCGUCGCUGCUGGAUGAGCCCCUGGUCUUGCCCCCCAUCCCUGAACUGGAUUCCCUCUCUCUCAGCAGCAUGGAAGACGAGGGGGACAGCCUGCCUCUGACCGCCUCACGCAAGAAGCGCAGUUCCUCUGCCAUUUUGACAUACAAAGUACUUCACCACCUCUCAGCUGUGGGCAGCACCCUCAGCGGGCUCCUCUCGGUCGAGCGCCGCAUCUCCAACCGGGUGCAGGAACUGGCGCAGGAGCCAACGUCCUACCUAGGAGGUCUGGUGCAAAGUUUCGUGGGACACAUCCUGCGGGGCGCUGGGAUGCGGCACUCCACCAGCACCGACAUGCUGCAGGAAAUCCGGCAGAUGAUCAGCAACCUCAAGGGCUACCUGUGUGAGAGCUCGGAGUUGCGUGCCAUCUGUGAGCACAGCGAAGUGGAGGAGGUGGACCUGGCUUCUGUGGUGGAAGCCGCCCUGUACAAGUGCAUCCUUAAGCCGCUCCGGGAUUCCAUUUACGCCCAGCUGCUGGACUUCCACACUCGUGACGGGAGCUUGGGCCGGCUGCGCGAACACCAGGCCACCAUGAUCCGGCAGAGCUUGGCUGAGCUGGGAGUGACAGCCGGUGUGCCUGACGGGGCUGGCCUGGAGCGCAUCCAGGGCAAGCUGAGCCUCAUGCACCAGGCUUACUCACCCAAGAAGAAGGAGACGCAGAUGCUAAAGGUGUGCAAGGUGCUCUAUGAAGCCAUGAACCAGACAGCUGGCCGGACAGAGCCUUUUGGUGCCGAUGACUUCCUGCCGGUCUUGACUUACGUCCUCCUGAAUUGCGACAUCGUGUUGGUCCAGCUGGACGUGGAGUACAUAAUGGAGCUGAUGGAUCCCAGCCAACUGCAGGGAGAAGGUGGUUAUUAUCUCACUACCUGGUUCGGGGUCCUAUAUCACAUUGCGAACUUCCAGCCAGCCGCCAUGGUGACACGCCAGAUAAGCGCUGAGGCCCAGCGCUCCAUCCACCAGUGGCAUCGACGCCGCACCAUCUAUCACCAUCAUGCUCACCGGGGUCAAUCACAGAACAUCCUCUACGUCUCCUUCCACGAGCCCUUCAACAACCAGAAGUCCAUCUCGGUUCCCGUGGACAUGACCACAGCGUCCAUAUGUGAAGUGUGUGCCAAGAAGUAUGACGUCCCCAAUCCUGAAGCUUACGGCCUCUUCCUGGUGUCGGGGGAUUCCUCUCAGCUCCUGGCAGACGACAGCUGUCCUCGGAGGCUCCACUUGGAUAUCCUCCAAGCCCAGGGCCCUCCUAUCAGUUUCAUAUACAAGCCGAAAGGUGGAGUACUGCCCGCUGCUGUUCUCUCUUCCCUCCAGAAGCCCGACAGCUUGACUGAGGCUCAGGAGCCCUUCAAAAGCACGGACACGGGGCAAUCCGCGGCGGACUGAAUAUCAGUUUUCCAGAAAGCUUUUCCCCCCCUUUAUUUAAAUGGUUGUCCAAAGUUCCUGGCUUAGCAGGAAAAAAAAACCCAGAGAGAUUUGGUACUAACAACUCUGCCAGAAUGUCAGUCUGAGACGGGAGAUUUGUGGCUCUUCUUAGCCACGGAGCUCGCUUUGGGUGACUUUGGCCUAAAAAACUUGGCCGGGGUGGUUGUGAAAGUAAAACGGGAAGAUGGAGUCACGUGUGAUGCCCUGAACUCCUUGGCAAAAGGAUGAGGUAAAAAUGUACAGAUAGGAAAGCUCUGGAAUGGAAGAUUUCAGGAUGAAGAAUUUGCGGGGGGGGGGGGCGGCGGGGGGAGACGGCACACUGGGGCCCUUUGUCCUUCAUUCCGGAGUAUGCGUAGGAGCAGGGACCUCUUCUUGACUUCAUGAGUUUACCCUCCAACCAUCUCUCUCACCUGUGUUGCAUUUUCCUGUCUUUUUAAACAAGGUAACCACCAUCCCCAGUCCAGCGACAAAUUCUCCGUUUCUAAAGCCAGGCUGCACUCUCAGGAGCUGUUCUGUGAAAACCUCCAGCUCUUUUGAGGGAAGGCAACACCGUUGCUGCAGAGCCCUGAGAACUUCACUGUGUGUGUGUGUGUGUGUGUGUGUGUGUUCGUGCGCGCGCGCGUGUGUGUGUGUGUGGUGGGGGUGGGGGGUACACUCCCCGCAAAAGAAACCCAAGUUUUAGCCCUACAGCGUUCGUGUUGAAAAUGCUUCAGUCCUUUACUGGAUUCGAGCGCUCUCCUCUCCACCCCACUGUGGCUUGCAAAAUCAAUGAUGCAAAAAAAUUAAACGUAUCUGCAAAUGUG